AAGAGACGCAAUCAGAUGGGGAUUCGUGGGGACAAAAGUAGUGGACUUCAUCGGCGUAAUUUUCUACUACGCUUUUCUUUUGGAGCGGUUUCUGAUACCCGAACACAAAGACAUUGGAUUGCGCGCAUUCACCCUCCAAGAGCUCAUCUUGAAGGCGGUUAAUAACUUCGCAGUGGGACUGAUGUUCCUUUUGCUGGCCUUUUACGUCGUCCUUGAUACGACUCAGAACCUAGUGGGCGAGUUACUCAAGUUCGGCGAUCGUCAGUUUUAUGAGGAUUGGUGGACGUCCACCAACUACUCAGACUACUUCCGAACAUGGAACAUGGUGGUGGGCGACUGGCUUUACACGUACAUUUACAAGGACAUGUACGAACAUGUCGUGCCGGGCAACAAAACCAUCGCAAAAAUCACCGUUUUCUUGGUAUCCGCUGUCGUCCACGAAUGGGUUCUGACUUACAUGUUUGGGUUCUUUUUCCCCGCCCUUUUCGUUGCCUUCAUCAUUGUGGGCACCGUUCUGAGCUUCAUCAGAAGCCCCAAGCUGGAUAUCGUCAAUAUCCUGUUCUGGUACAUGCUGACUUUGGGCUCAGGGCUCCUAUCCAGCGCCUACGCUAUGGAGUACUUUAUCAGGGUGAACCUGCCCAGUGAAGGUACUUCGUUGAUGGACUUUCUCAUUCCCAGAUUGUUUACCAGUGAUUCUAUAGUGUAUUGAUUUUUUUUGUAAAACUGAAUUCGCCUUUUUUUGAAUUCUGGACAAAGUUGAUCAGGAAAAACGCUCAUCCGCCAUCUGAGCUCGUAUCGAUCACCCAAAAAUCCCAACCUUCUCACCCAACAGAAGAAAUCUCCAAUCACACGAAAGAUUCAGCUUUGUUGGGUUUAAAUUCACGUUCUCAUUGUUUCUAAUGAUGAAUUUAAUUGCGACGCAGGAAUUUGUUGAUGGAUUUCUAUUUAAAACGCUGAAAACAAGCGUGCUUUGGCUGCGCACAUCAAUAUUCGAGCGCGCUGAUGCGCACAUUAAUUAAGGAAGUAAAUGUUGCACCAGCGGUCCUCGGAACAUCAACCAAGUCGCUGUAGAUGGGGUUUUUUAAGGGUCGUUGAAGAAGUUUCUUAAGGAGAGAAGAGAUUAUGGAGUUUUCCAUUUUUUCGACGCCAAAAGUUUCCAUUGUUGCACGGGCACACCGAUAGGGAUCAGUUGCUGAUUUUUAUUUUUCACUCGAAAACGAGGCGUCGUACGAAAAAACUAUAAGAGACCUUUUCGUUUCCCAAUUGAACAGGGAUUCGGAAAGUGAUUUGGACUUCCGGAAAAAUCGGGGGAAUUUCGAGGUUGCCUCCAAACUGAUCCUGAGAGUUCGGCAAAACUUUCUCCACUCCUCACGGCCAAACAGGUGAUCCUGCCCUUUGAGUCUCUCCGAAUUUUUAGAUUCUCCUUUUUUGGCUUAAAGAACACUUGAAAUUAAGCACUUUCAGAAAAAAAUUCCUGGAUGGACCAUCAAUCAAGCCAAAAAACCCUUGCAAACUUGUGAAUUUCGCUUUUUUUUCAAAAGUUUGAACAUCUUCUAACGUCGCCAAUUGAAUGAGGUUAUCAGCGUCGGAUUAUUUGUAUCUUUAAGCCGGGUUCUCAUGAGUCCGGAAUGCGUAUCUUCCGACCAAUCAGAAGUUGAACGCAUGCGUUAGCCUCACCCAUCCGCAGAAGUUCCCAAAUUUUAAUAUUGAACGUGAAAACCUAGGUUAUCUCCAGUGAUGCUCCAGUGAAAGGUUAUGUUCAGCGGCGUCAUUUUCAUUUUCUUAGAACGUAGGUACAAAGACAAAAGCAGAUUUAACUUUUGGUUUCGAACGUUUAUUUCAUGAGCCUCAAAAUACUGGCCAGAAAAAAUGUAGAAAAAAGAGUUGCAUCGUGUCUCGCUACCCGAAAGAGAUGGCAACACUGUCGGCGGAAUGCGGAAAAAUAAUCCGGAUACAUAUGAACUGCGUGAAUGGUAGUAGUAGGCUGCGCGCGCACUUUUCGCACUCCGCUGCCGCAAAGCAUUCUGGACCCAUGACGCCACGGUGUUGCCACGUAUUUUUCCUUUGGUUAGUUUUGAGUUUGUUUGUGUUAACGUUGAAGCGAUUUUUUAAUGAAACCAAAAAAUAUUUGCAAAAACGAAAGAGUUAAAUAAUCUAAACCGACCCAAACGGCUUAAGUUAAAGUGUUCUUUAAGUUAAAACAAGAAAAUAAUAAAAAUAUGCAGAAACUGCUAGUCGUAACCCCAGCAACGGGACUAGUAAGAAUAAUUCACCAACUGUUUGGAAUAAACUGAACCGGUGGUGAAAAUUGUGCAGAGAUGCUCAGACGUCGGUCAGCAUCUGGACAACUGGUGGGGGAAACUGAUCUGUCAUGAACGUCAGAAGCAUAUGAGUGGAAAACAAUAGUGCGUCUCAAGUGUAAAUAAAUACAGUGAAAUGUGAGCGAAGGUAGCGAUCAGAAUGAGUAUAUAACACAAUAAGUGUCCCGUAUCAGACUCAUUAGCUAUUAAUUUGUCGGCUCAAUCUCAGCGUAGGUUAGUCGGUGAAUUAUCAAAACAGUUCUUUUAUCUAUUAUUAUCAUUAUCUCUUAUCGAUUACGCGAUAUUCAGAUUUGCUAGUGAAAAAAUUUGACCGCACUUGUAAAAAAUCCCAUUCAACAUGGUACUCAGUUCGGUGUUGUGCAUCUCAGAUUUGAACGGUACGAACGCGUCCAGCCUGCAUUCAGACUUUCUGGAACCGACAAUGUUCGAGGUUCCACUAUGGUUCGAAGACAUUCCAAACAUGCCCUGGUUAUGGUCGGUUAUCGGGUCCAUACUGGUUGGACUCACUGGAGUGCUUCCCGUGUUCUUCAUGGAUGUCGAAGAAGUCGGUAGCAUGGGCAAAGGAGAAGCGCGAACCUCCUGGAUCCUGCCGUUUACAGCAGGAUCGUUCUUACAUAUCGGCCUGGUGACUGUUCUGCCCGAUUUGCUCAAAGAAGAAAGUCCGACGGAAUCCUUCAAGCAGAUGUGCAGCUUUAUUGUCGGCAUCAUGUUGAUUUCGAUAGUUGGCAAUAUAUUCGAAUAGAGUUUGCACGUUGGACGACAAAUCAAACGCGCAUUACCAGUACAUGAAUUACACCCAUUAGUUUGACUGAAAGUCCGACGUCUACUUCGUAUACUGGUAAUCUCGAAUGCCAUAUUAAUAGAUUUACAGUAUUUUAGUUGAUUGUGACUUAUCGGGGUAUAAUGGAUAUAUCCGGGUGAGUUCGCCACACUGUGAAUUGAACAAAUGUUCCAAAAUACUCGUUACCAAACUACUGGUGAAGAUCGGGGGAUUUUCAUCUGCAAAUUGGCAACGAUCCAGAAGAAAAUCUCCCUGUCUUUGCAAUAAGUUUAAGUCAGAAAUAUUCUGUUUCCACCACAUGAAGAAUGGACUAAAUUUCCUUUACUUUCAACCUGGUUCCACUGGGGACGAGCUUUAUUUCGUUUCUCUGAUAUUAAUACUUUGUUUUCUAGUUUUAAGGCCCAGUUUGAACAGUCACAACUUGAAUGAUAAUUUGCUUUGUGUACAUUAACCAAGACACUGUACCUAUAUAUGUAUAUAGAUAUUUUAUCGUCUAGAUAUAAGAGAUAUUUUUCUAUACUUGUUAGCAAAACAUUUCAGGGCCCUUCAUAGGAUUUGCAUAUGAUCAGGCCCGUAUAUUUUACUAAAAACACUUGGCAGGAAAGGGAAGAUUCUGUUAAGUAUUAGGAGAUAAUUGUACCUAAUGUGAUUAUUAUGAUAAAUUGUUUUUCUCAUUU